AUGGCGAGCGGCGGCGGUGCCACCGCCUCCACCUCCGGAGGUAGCGGGGGCGCCGGCACCAAGACCGUGCCCGCCGCGCUGUGGUGGGACCCUUUCGUCGCCCUCUCCGACGACCUCGACCGUGCCGCCGCCUCCCCCUCCGCCGCCAUCUCGGACGCCCUCGCGGAGCGGAUCAAGCGCCAUCACGCGUGGCUCCGCGGCUCGGUUUCCAUGUUCGGGAAGCCAAACGACGCCUCAAGGACCGCGCUGGACGCCACCCAAGUUGCCGUUGGAGAGCACCGCCUGGCCGUCAAGCCCGACCUCAAGGAGGCCGCGCUUCGCUUGAGCAAGUCUCUGAACUUGGACGAGGUGCAGUCAUACAUUCUGGUAAAAAGAUCUUCAGAAAGCACUCCAAACACCCAUGAGCCUGAUGCUGAAGAGUUUCUUCGGCUGGUAUCUCUACAAUAUUACCUUGAGCGUCAAUGCUUGCUGAAGUGCAUCAGAAGGAUCUUCGUUCAUACCACAUGUACAGAUGAUGAUUCUGAUUCAACUGAUGCCAUCAAAGAAGAGGCCUUGCUUUUACUCAAUGAAGAGAUGGAACAGAUAUUACUAUCUAUCGUUGAAGAUUCCCUUGCAGCUGCAUUUUCUGUAAAAUCAGCAUCUGAUUUGACGGUGUCUUGGCUGGAAGAAAGUUUGAUUGAAAUUAGCUUGAUUCUGGAAGUUUUAUUUCUUGCUAUCUGUGAUAACCUUUCAAGGUGUAAUGGUCGACUGUGGAUAACUUUGUGCUCAAUAUUUAAGGAUAUGCUCUCUGGCUCUUAUGAUGUUGGAAAAUUUGGUGUAUCUGUUGAAGCAAAAAAAUCAUUUCAUUAUGCUAAAGCUCAGCUACUUCUUAUUCUCGUUGAAACUUUGGACUUCGAAAAUCUCCUCCGAAUGAUUCACGAUGAAGUCUCUUUCAGUGGAGGGUAUUCCCCAUAUUCUGUUGCUGAUAUUCUUGAGAUGGAUGUUGAAGUAUCAAAAUUGCCUGAAUGUGCAGUGGAAUCAGGACCACUAUUUCUUGCUUGGGCAGUCUUUCUCUGCUUGGUCCUGUCUCUUCCAGGAGAUAAUGCCAACUUGGAAAUUGAUCAUGCAUCUUAUGCCCAACGGGCUUUUGGGCUUGCACCGUUCAAUUAUUUACAUGGAUUUCUUUGCUCAAGCAUCUUCAGGGAGUCAGAUGGUCCUGUUUCUGGUUUCCGCGGUGUACUGAGAACUUUCAUUUCUGCUUUCAUUGCUUCAUACGAGAUCUCUUUUCAGACAGAAGACUGUUCUCUUGGCAUGAUAUUGAAUAUUAUUUGUGAAGUUUAUGGUGGAGAGGAAGCACUCUGUAUGCAAUUCUGGGACAAAGAUAGUUAUGUUGAUGGUCCAAUCAGAUCUGUUCUUCAUAUAGUGGAGAAAGACUACCCUUUCCAUAUAAAGGAUCUGCUUCGCUUCUUAUCAGCUGUUUCUUAUGGGACAUGGCCUGCUCAAUGUGUAUAUAAUUACCUAGAGAGGAUGAAUGGUGUAACAACAUGGUAUACAAUCCCUGGUAAUCUUCCUGAUAGUGUGAACUACUGUGACCAAAUUGAAAUUCAUCAUCCAAUCAGCAUUCCUGGUAUGGAAGGCAUUACAUUACCCCAUGGGACACAUGGUUACAUAUUGAAAAUUCAGGAAGAUGGUGUUGCAUUAGUUCGUUGGGAGUUUCCACAUUCAGGUGUUUUCAUUUUGCUCGUCACUUUGUCACAAGAUCUAUAUUCAUGCAAUUAUGUGGAAGCCUGCGAUAUAUUGGACUUACUGUAUCAGAUGGUAUCGUCAAAUAAGAAUCUGUGCCCUGCUUUGCUGGAUGCUGAUAAGUCUCUAGCUGUUCAGAAAUCUAAGAGUUUGGGGCAAAUUGAAGAACAUAUCAGGAUUGACGUUGUUAAAAUCCUUUGCUCAUCAAUUUUCAAAUAUGCGCAAGAUGGUAAUAAUGCCAACAUAAUGUCAAAAACCCUUCGUGUGUUAGCAGAAGCUCUCAAGUGUGUUCCAUACCGCGUGUUUGAUGUGGCGAUAGAGUGCGGCAUCUUCAGUUCACAACCUAAUGGCCCGUCAAGUGAUUGGCUACUUUCUGGUGCACUAGCUAGAAUGCUUUUUGCUGCUUCCGAGGAAAAUGGAGACUGUUCUUCACUUGCAUCUUCAUUGCUUGAUUUUGCCAUUCAGGUUUUGCGGAAAGGAGCUGCCGCUGAUGAUACGAUAUCAUCGUUCAUUGUUUUUUCAAUUCAAUACAUCAUGGUUAAUCAUAUGAACUGGAAACACAAGAAGUAUAGUUGCUGGAAGACAACCCUGAAGGUGUUUGAAUUAGUGAAGAGCUGUAUUCAAGUCAAACCAAUAUUGUCAAAGCUUGGUGGCAUGAUAUGGCAAAUUCUACUCUAUGAUUCUUCUGUCCACAGUGUUCUCUGGCACAUUGUGUGCACGUCCACGCAAUUACUGGAACUGUCAGGAGGCAGCUUCUGUAAUGGUGUUGAGGAUAUUGAAGACAUACAACUUGCUCUCUCCUGUGGACUUGAUAUUAUAUUUUUCAUGCUGUCCAACUUACCAGAGCCCGAGCAAAAUCCGAUUGAAGACCUCAAGAUGAUCAAGGUAAAAAAUGAAGAUGAAUCCCCUGAAGAGUUGGACUACAUCAAUGCUCCAACUUCGGAGUACUCUGUGGAAGAUCUCAUAAAGAUGAACAUGGUGCAGAAUCUUGGUAUUAAAGAAGGUAAUGAAACUAUAUACCAACAAUUUAUAAAUGAAGCGGUCAAGAAGGUGUGA